AUGGAUACUGGUGUGAUGCUCAUGUACCCGGGCGCCCUCCUGCCGCAGAAUUACGAUCCGACCACGCGCUCUUGGUAUCUGCGGGCCUUACAAUUUGCCGGACGUCUGGUCUUCACUGGGCCUUACCUGGACGACGGUGGGGCCGGUUCCAUCCUCACCCUUUCCUAUGCCAUCUUUGAGGGAAAGUAUGUCCUCACCCCUGCUCACCCCGGCCCACUGGCCAUACCUUUUAAAUUGUCUUGA